CGAAUUUUGAAUAGACACUGUCCAAGUUGCAGAAAAACUUGUCGAGUUUUACAUUUUGUUUUAGUUUUGUUUUCAGAAUCGUUUUUGAAAUUAAAACUUUAUGCUUAUAUCAUAUUCUUAUAUAAAAAAAAAUCAUUUCAUUUGUUUGAUAUCGACGUUCAAGGAGACAUUUCUUUCAAGGAAUCCGACACCUUUUCCGCGGGAGAUGAUCCUACCAUUGUGGACACUGAAAUUGGCCGCAUCGGAGUUGGAAUUUGCCAUGAUAUCCGUUUCCCUGAAUUAGCUAUGAUCUAUAAAGAAAAAGGUUGCCAGUUAAUCUGCUAUCCAGGAGCAUUCAACAUAAGCACAGGUGAAAUGCUGUGGGAGAUGGUUCAGAGAGCAAGGGCAGCUGAUAACCAGUUAUUUGUAGCUACUUGCUCACCUUCUAGAGAUUCUUGCGGCCAUUAUGAGAUAUGGGGUCAUUCUACUAUGGUCGGACCGUUUGGUGAAGUAAUAGCAAGUUGUGGUGAUGAAGAGACCUUACUUGUUGCUGAGAUUGAUAAUACUUACCUUCAAAUUGUCAGAGAAAGCUUUGCAGGUGAGGACCAACUCAGUUUACCAAUUCAACUACAUUUCUGAUAGGAACAGAAACAAUUAGCUGUUUACAGUGAAGAGGGACAGUUUAUUUUAUUAUAUUGAAUAAAAGGCCAAUGCUACUCUCGAAUUCAAAUAAAUAUACUUUAACUUUUUAAAAUCAAUUACAUUCUCAAAUUUGUGUUUGCGGGUCAAAUAGAUCACUUUAGUCAAUUAGGUCUUCAAAUUUGUAUUUGGGAGUCAAAUAGGUCAGUGUUUGAGGUAUAUAAUUUUGGGUUACUUACUUUAAAUUAAGAGUUUGGAACCUAAUUGACUCAUAAAAUUAGAAAUGAUUCAAAAUGACUUAUUUGAUUUGGAAA